UGACGUAGUUCACACUUCCGGUUCAAAAUAUAGGCUUUACUUUCUUUUUUUAUCAAUGAUUCAUUCAAAUGGCUAACAUCUAAUAAUAGAAUAAAAGUCGACUAAGCUGGUUGUCCUGUUCUUUUCACCUUAUUCAUUUUGACACUGAAUAUUACAUCUAGAAUGACUGCCUCUACAGGAAUAUCAAUGGUUGAAGCAAUUCAUCAAAAAUAUGAUGAUGAUGUGGAAACGUGUAUACAUAUACACAUACCAGCUUCUGCGCCUGGGAAAACAGAAUCUGGUAACUUAGUGAUUCCACCCAUCUUAGCUUUGCAUGACAGUAAUAUAAGUGGAGCAGGAGAUACAGACCGUCUUGGCACACUAUGUAAACAAGUCCAAGAACUAGAUCUCACCAAAAACUGUAUCAAGGAUUGGAACCAGGUAAUAGAUAUUAUAGAAAAACUACCAAAACUGAGAUUCCUGAAUUUAACCAGUAAUCCAAUUGAAAACAGGUCGUCAUGGCAAUGUGAUAAACAGUUUCCUAACAUAACCAAUCUAAUUCUGAAUGACACAACUGUAUCAUGGGAAUGUUUGAUGAAACUUCUGCAUGUCUUUCCAAGGGUUGAAGAAUUACAUUUAAGUUUGAAUGGAUACAGUUCAGUGGAUUUGCAUGGUGAUUUCAGAUAUCCCCCACUGUCCAGGUUGUAUCUUAAUGGAAAUAAAAUCCAGGAUUGGACUGAAAUGUGUCGUUUAGGACAGUGCUUUCCUCAUUUAGAAAAUUUAGUUGCUAUGGAAUCAGAAUUGACGACCAUCAUGAGUGAUAAUGAUUUGAAAGAAACAUUUCCCUGCCUUAAAUCACUAAAUUUAACAAAAACCAAAUUGGCAUCAUGGGAAGACAUUGAAGUAUUUAGAGAAUUCCCAGUGUUAGUUGAUCUCAGGAUAAAAGAUUUACCAUUUAUACAGACAUUGCCUGAGAAAGAGAGAAGACAAAAUAUUGUAUCCAGACUUCCAACCAUCACCAAGUUAAAUGGUAGUCCUAUACAUGAGCAGGAAAGAGAAGAGGCAGAAAGAGCCUAUAUCAGAAACUUUCUAGAUGCUGAAUCCAAACCUCAAAGAUUUUAUGAAUUGAAGAAAAUACAUGGGAAAGUAGAACACCUUGCCGAUAUUGAUUUAGCACCUGAUGACCUUCAUUAUCACAUUAAGGUCAAAUUUGAAAACAAAGAAGAAAUGAUGGACAUUUUAAAAGAUCAAACAGUCAAAGAUUUGAAGAAAUUACUUCAAAACUUUUGUGGACUCUCCGUUGACAAAAUGAAGAUUUUUGAGUAUAAAUCUGAUUAUGAUAAUUUAUAUCUAAUGAGAUCAGAAAUAAGGUCACUUCAUUCAUAUCGCUUUACAGAACUUGAUGAAAUACAUAUAUAUCGUGUAGAAACAAAAGUUAUUUCAAAGGGAGAUUACGAAAUUGUGGAAAAAAAAGAUAGAAAAUAAUGAUGUUAAAGGUUGUAUUCCAAUAUAUAUCACGUAUAAAAAUUGCGGUUUUUUAUCCAACGCAAUCAUAGGUUUGAACGUAGUUUUCAAUUUAGACUCGUUUAUAUAUAUGUAUGUAUAUAUGCACACCCCCGAUGAAGCUAAUUUGUUUAGCAAAAUAUUGCGUGAAUAAUAUAUAAAAUAUAACACCUAAUUUUAUAACACUCAUUAGUGUGUUAAAGUUACAUUCUUAGACACUUAUAUAAUUUAAUUUAGUAACUGCAUCAGUUUAUUUACAAACUGAUCCACACCUAGAUAGAUUGAAUGUUGAUUGUUGCUAUUUUUAGACACUAUAUGUAUGUAUACGCGUAUAUGCUUUUUUACUACCAAAUUUUUAUAGAACAUAUAAUCAGUAUGCCUGUCUAAGUUCACUGUCCUUUCACAGCCCAAGAUGGAGCCGCCUGGCUUCAGUUAGGAAGUUUGCUCCUAUAUAAUUACAAUAACAUGAAUACAAAAGAAAUGUUCAGUAAUUAAAAAGUUAUAUAAAUCUUUUAAGGAAACUCUGCAAUGUAAAACGUGGUUGGUUACUACAAAAUAAACGAUUAUAGCACGAUUUGCCAAAACACUUAUGAUGUCCGUAACUUCAAAACAAAUUGUCCAUAACUUUUUUCCUUAUACCAGUAGGGAUGUCUGUAACUUUAGCAUGAUGUCAGUAACUUUCAAGGAAUCUUUAUUCGUGUAUGUAAUUAUUUUAAAAAAGAAAUGAUAAAUAACAAAAAUACCGAACUCCUAGGAAUAUUCAAACGGGAAGUCCUUUACACAGGCCAAAGACUCAUCAGUGAACAAUCUUUAAAGCUAGAAGAAUGUUACAUAAAUUUCGCCAUACCCUCAGAUCCCGUUUUAUCCCGGGAAUAAUUUUUAAAAAUUGAACGGAAAAUCAGUUACACUCUUAUUUGCUUUUUUCUCUUGUUUAGUUUAAAGCAUAUUGUUAUUGUAUAAAUCUAUGUAAUAAUUAAGGGGUUUGAUAGUGCUUGUUGUCCUUAAAAUAUUGAAAUUGUUAAUCUUGCUAUUUUUAAAAAAGGUUACCCACAUCCGAAAAUAAAGUUACGGACAGUCUGAUUAUUUUUGACUUAUAAGUUACUGACAUCUUAUGCAUUUUUUAUACGACCGCAAAUUUUGAAAAAAUUUUCGUCGUAUAUUGCUAUCACGUUGGCGUCGUCGUUGUCGUCGUCGUCCGAAUACUUUUAGUUUUCGCACUCUAACUUUAGUAAAAGUGAAUAGAAAUCUUUGAAAUUUUAACACAAGGUUUAUGACCAUAAAAGGAAGGCUGGUAUUGGUUUUGGGAGUUUUGGUCCCAACAUUUUAGGAAUUAGGGGCCAAAAAGGGCCCAAAUAAGCAUUUUCUUGGUUUUCGCACUAUAACUUUAGUUUAAGUUAAUAGAAAUCUAUGAAAUUUUGACACAAGGUUUAUGACCACAAAAGAAAGGUUGGGAUUGAUUUUGGGAGUUUUGGUUUCAACAGUUUAGGAAUUAGGGGCCAAAAAAGGGCCCAAAUAAGCAUUAUUCUUGGUUUUCUCACAAUAACUUUAGUUAAAGUAAAUAGAAAUCAAUGAAAUUUAAACACAAUGUUAAUGACCACAAAAGGAAGGUUGGUAUUGAUUUUGGGAGUUUCGGUCCCAACAGUUUAGGAAUUAGGGGCCAAAAAGGGACCCAAAUAAGCAUUUUUCUUGGUUUUCGCACCAUAGCGUUAGUAUAAGUAAAUAGAAAUCUAUGAAAUUUAAACACAAAGUUUAUGACUAUUAAAGGAAGGUUGGUAUUGAUUUUGGGAGUUUUGGUCCCAACAGUUAAGGAAAAAGGGGCCCAAAGGGUCCAAAAUCAAAUUUUGUUUGAUUUCAUCAAAAUUGAAUAAUUGGGGUUCUUUAAUAUGCCGAAUCUAACUGUGUAUGUAGAUUCUUAAUUUUUGGUCCCGUUUUCAAAUUGGUCUACAUUAAGGUCCAAAGGGUCCAAAAUUAAACUUAGUUUGAUUUUAACAAAAAUUGAAACCUUGGGGUUCUUUGAUAUGCUGAAUCUAAAAAUGUACUUAGAUUUUUGAUUAUUGGCCCAGUUUUCAAGUUGGCCCAAAUCGAGGUCCAAAAUUAAACAUUGUUUGAUUUCAUCAAAAAUUGAAUAAUUGGGGUUCUUUGAUAUGCCAAAUCUAACUGUGUAUGUAGAUUCUUAAUUUUUGGUCCAGUUUUAAAAUUGGUCUAAACUAAAGUGCAAAGGGUCCAAAAUUAAACUAAGUUUGAUUUUAACAAAAAUUAAAUUCUUGGGCCUCUUUGAUAUGCUGAAUCUAAACAUGUACUUAGAUUUUUGAUUAUGGGCCCAGUUUUCAAGUUGGUCCAAAUCAGGAUCUAAAAUUAUUAUAUUAAGUUUUGUGCAAUAGCAAGUCUUUUCAAUUGCACAGUAUUGUGCAAUGGCAAGAAAUAUCUAAUUUCACAAUAUUGUGAAAUAGCAAAUUUUUUUUUAAUUAAGAGUUAUCUUUCUUUGUCCAGUACAGUAAGCAAGAAAUAUCUGCAAGAUUUUUUUUUAAUUGGAGUUAUCUUUCUUUGUCCAGAAUCAACUUAAAUCUUUGUUAUAUACAAUAUACAAUGUAUAUUCACUUUUUACUACCAACUGAUAAAUUAAAAUAAUCUUUACCAUUCAGUGAUAACAAGCAGUUUUUUUACAUCUUAAUAUUUUAUGAUGUAUUUAAAUGAGUAGUAAUUGUUGCAAACUCCAUUAGAAUAUUUUAAUUGAAAUUAGUUUGGAAUAAGGGAAAGGGGGAUGUGAUUAAAAAAUUGGGUUCAAUUUUUCUCAUUUGAAAUUUCAUAAAUAAAAAGAAAAUUUCUUCAAACAUUUUUUUGAGAGGAUUAAUAUUCAACAGCAAAGUGAAUUGCUCUAAGAGAAAACAAAAAUUUUAAGUUCAUUUGAGUACAUUCAUUCUGUGUCAGAAACCUAUGCUGUGUCAACUAUUCAAUCACAAUCCAAAUUUAGAGUGGAAUCCAGCUUGAAUGUUGUGUCCAUACUUGCCCCAACCGUUCAGGGUUCAACCUCUGCGGUCGUAUAAAGCUACGCCCUACGGAGCAUCUGGUUAAAAGUUGGUCCUGCGCUAAAGUGAAGUCAAAAUUAACAAAUUUGUAGUGAUGGUAAGUGAUUUAAGUAUCAAUAUUAACAUAGAUCAUGAAAAACGUUGCAAAAAGUAGAUUUCAUAUCAACUACCAUCUCAACGAGUUUAGAGUACGCCAUCUUGGGCUGUGGGUAA